GACACUAACGUGCAGAUGGGGAUCAUCGGGGAGAAGAUGGACAUCGAUUUCAUUGUCAGUGUCGGCGACAACUUCUACAAGAAUGGUCUCACUGGUGUCGAUGACAAGGCCUUUGAGGAGUCUUUCACCAACAUAUACACCGCCAAGAGCCUCCAGAAGCCCUGGUACACAAUUCUUGGCAACCAUGACUACAGAGGCGACGCUCUUUCGCAGCUGAGCCCGGUACUUCGCAACAUCGACAGCCGAUGGAUCUGCAUGAAGUCCUUUGUAGUUAACGCAGAGGUUGCGGAUUUCUUCUUCGUCGACACGAACCCCUUCGUCCUCAAGUACUGGAAUGAGCCUAAGGACAGCACGUACGACUGGAGAGGAGUUGCUCCUCGCGAGACCUACAUCGCCAACGUUCUCAAGGAUCUGGCCUCUGCGCUGAAGCGGUCCAAGGCGACAUGGAAGAUCGUCGUCGGCCACCACGCCAUCAGGAGCGUCAGCGAGCACGGUGACACCCAGGAGCUCGUGCAGCAGCUUCUCCCAAUCCUCAAGGCCAAUGGGGUUGAUCUGUACAUCAACGGUCAUGAUCACUGCCUCGAGCACAUCAGCAGCAGGGACAGUUCACUUCAAUACCUGACGAGUGGCGGCGGUUCUAAGGCAUGGCGUGGCAUCUUCACGCCCAACACCGACAAGCUGGAGUUCUUCUACGACGGGCAGGGAUUCAUGUCGCUGCGGCUGACCAACACAGAGGCGCAUCUCGCCUUCUACGACGUCGCCGGAACCGUCCUGCACAGCUGGGGGCUCACCAAGGGGGCAUACUACUAACAAGCUGUUCCAUUCUUGUUUCUGAUCAGUUGAUUGAUCCAUUAGUCAGGCCAACCGGGCACACCUUCUUUGGAAAAUUGUAGUUGAUUUUUCGAGUGCUUUUAUGGGGUGAUAUGCAAGUGUAGUGGAUGUAAUUGUUUUUUUU